GAGCGGCGUGUGCCACGCUGCGCGUGGCGCGACCAGCGCUCAGAAGAAGAUAGCCGCAGGAGCAGCGUGCAGCUGUCCAACCCGGCUCCAUGGUCGACAUUCGGUGCUCUCGGGGCCGCGCGGCGGCAUUGACCACCGUGGUCACCCUCGGCCUGGUCACAGCCGUCGCCCUACACAAGCUCUCCAAGGCGAACCAGGAAGACCCUGCCCAAUCCAGAGCAUGGAAUCGGACGUCGCCCAAACAGCCGAGGCUUCUAGAGAUACGGGGAGUCACAAAGGGCCCCGCCCAACAGCGUACCAUCACCGGACGCGCUGCUGCCGCUGCUGCUGCUGCUGCUGCUGCCAUGGCGCCGAACAUCAGGCGCGACUGGUACCCGCAGUCGCCGGACGGUGCCGGUCGCCACCGGCGAUCCCACCCGAGCCUGGUGUGCAGCCGCGAGGUGUGCGAACGCCAGGACGCCUACGUGCACGCGCGUCUCGACCAGCUGCAGGAGCCGUGCGAGAACUUCUACGCCUUCGUGUGCUCGCGAAGCUGGGCCGUGAGAAAUGCCAAGCCGGACGACGCUCCCUACCGGUCCCAGACGACGGCAAAGCUCAUGUACGACCUGCCGAAAACACUCAAACAGUACUUCCAACUGAAGCAGAAGACCUACUACGAGUUUCCCGGAACCUUCAUCAGUCAGGCACUGUUCUUCAUACCGAACUGCACUUCCAUCUACAGUCGUAAUGGCCUCGGCUGGGAUCCCUGGCAGGAGCUUCUCGGCAAGCUCGGUCUCCGCGGCUGGCCCUUCCCGAACGUGUCUCCCGAGUGGAACGUCUCCGGCAUCGCGGGCUUCAUCGACGGCACGCUGGGAAUCUUCCCCUUCACCGAGGUGAGAGUGGUGAACGAGUACGGGAACGACUACUCCGUGCAGCUGGACGUUCCCAGAACGAUACUGCGCCGCCACCAGCUGCGACACACCAACGAGAACCUCUUCAACUACAGCCAGGUGGUGGCCAAGGCGCUGAGCAUCCUCAACGUGAUGGAGAACGUCGAGCUGCUUGCCGAGAACAUAGUCAUCCUCGAGAUGAGACUGGAAGAGGCUGCCGAGAUGAAGACGUUCGUCCCACCGCUCGCACGCAAGAGAUCGCUGGAGUCUCUGCCCGAGAGCCAGAAGUGGAGCUGGAGGGACUACGUCAACGUCAUCUUCCGGUACCCGCUCAACAGAAUCGACAUAGUGGAAGCCUUGGCUCCGGAUUACCUGACCGACGUGGCGGACAUCAUGGACAACACGUCCUACACGACGCUGGCCAACUACAUGGGCUACCGGACCAUGGUCCACCUGUCCCCGAUGUUGCCGGACGAGGCAGAGUUCCUCGUGCCACUCAGCCGGGACAAACUCGUCGUGGGUGUCGGGGAGCGCUUCCAGGCGUGCGUCCACCUGCUCGAGGACCUGUUUCCGUUCGGGAUGCGCAUGUUCACGCUGAUGACGCUGGGCGGCGACAACCCGCUCAAGUACUCGACCGCUCUCGACACCCAGGUGGAGCACAUGUUCAACCACACGCAGAACCUCAUGGCCAACCUGGUGCAGAACGCUUACUGGCUAAAUCCCGUGGAAAGGGUCAUCGCCAAGGAGAAGAUCCUCAACGUCAACUUCGACUUCAUGGGCACCGCCGUCCGCGACCUGAGCGUCCCGGCGCUGUACUACGACCCCAAGGCGCCCCCGUUCGACGGCCUCAAGCUCCUGCAGAGCUUCUACGCCAUACAGGCGAACACCAAGCGGACGUACUUCGAUCCUUGGCAUCGGACCAUGGACCUGGACAACCGCCAUCACGUGAGCAGUCUGCACCCGGACAUCGAGUACAUACACGGGAAGAACCACCUGUUCAUGCCGUACGCAGUGCUGGCGUUCCUGAGGGGCGUGUCGCAAAGCGUGGAACCCCUGUUCGUGCCGAUCGUGGCGCAGUUCCUGCUCAAAGGACUGUUCUUCGCCGUGGACGAUAGGGGCGCUUCGGUGGACCACCGAAACAGGAUCGUCGACUGGUGGAGCAAGCCGACCGCCGAGAAGUACUCUCACAUCCGCGACUGCUUCUUCAAACAGUACAAGGAGGAAAUGCAGCUCAAGCUUCCGGACGUGGACAUAGUGGGUGACCUCGCGGAUGACAUCGCCGACAACGCGGUCGUGCCCCCGCUGUACGACUACUACCUCAGCCUGCUGGGCAUGGACACCAUGACGGCCCGCAGGACCAGGGCGCCGUUCGGCGGCUUCACGCUGGAGCAGAUCUUCUUCGUGUACUACGCGCUGAGCCAGUGCGACCACCGGAGCCUGGCGUACGCCAAGCGGCUGCUGGGCUUCGGCGAGACCUCGCCCGAGAUCAAGGUCAACAUCCCGCUGCGGAACUUCGCCAAGUUCUCGGAGGCCUUUGGGUGCCAGCCGGGCAACGAGAUGAGCCCGCAGGACCGCUGCCUCGUGUGGUAGUCAGUGGCGGCUGUCGGUUUGGCUCAAUAAACCUGUUCA